GUGCAUUUGUUAAUCGAUUCCCUGCACUUUUAAGCGCUACACAUACACGCCCCGUUCUUCUAUCUAUAAGCUAUCCAGACUGCUGGAAACCGCUUACUUUAGCAUCUGCUAGUAGUCCGGCUCCCCUUUUUCCUUUUGAUACAUCUGAUAAACACAAGCUAUGAGCGCAAAUGGAAAACCAGCAGUCACGGAGUCGGUCGCUGCAACUCCGUCACAAAGCAGCGAUAAAAUCAGCACAAGCGACGGGCACUCAGUGGACGUUGACGGCAGCCUAAGCCCCGACCGGCUGGCCGAGCUGGUAGCGGACAAGGACCUGGAGGGGUUCCGGAAACUGGGCGGCACCGCAGCGCUCCUGCAGCAGCUCAACGUCGACUCUGAAACCGGCAUCGUCCCGUUGCGCCCCGGCGAGUCACUCAGCGCACUGGAAAAGACGCCAACGCGGGCGGCGGAAAUUGCCAACGAGCUGGCGCGGGAGCAGGACGACGAGUCACUGACGUGGCUGGGCGAAUUCGAAAGCGACAUGAAAUUGUACUAUGAGCGAGUGGCGAAAUUCGGGGUCAACAUUCUGCCGCCGGUCAAGUCGCGGUCGUUCCUGGGCCUGGUGUGGGAUGCGCUGCACGACAAAAUGCUGAUUCUUCUGGUGGUCGCGGCGAUCGUGUCCCUGGGCAUCGGCAUCUACCAAGACGUCAGACCGAACCCGGACCCGGAGGACAGCGAAGACGUGCACUGGGUUGAGGGGUUUGCAAUUAUUGUGGCGAUUUCGGUGGUGACACUGGUGGCGUCGAUAAACGACUUCCAGAAGGAGAAGCAGUUCCGCCGCCUCAACGCCAAAAAGAACGACCGGCGGGUGCGGGUGACACGCGGCGCACAGGAGCGCCUGGUCUCGACCAACUGCAUCAUGGUCGGCGACAUUCUGCACAUUGAGCCCGGAGACAUUCUGUGCGCCGACGGAGUCGUCGUAUCGGCAUCCAAUCUCAAGUGCGACGAGAGCUCAGUCACGGGCGAGAGCGAUGCGCUAAGGAAGCGCUGUCUGGAGGAGGCCGACCAGGCCAACGCCGAUAGGCGCAAGGAGCGCCAGAGAAGGCGGACGGAGCUGCGCGCCAAGCGCCGCGACCAGCGGUCGGCAGCCCUGCGCAGCAAGGGCGAGAGCAUGGAGAUCGAGACCGAGGGCCAGUCGGGCGUAGAUGCCGACGAGUCGACCGAUGGCGAAAACGACCUGACCCACAAGGCCACGGUCGCCAGCGGUGCGCCUGCCCCCGAGAAGCCAAAGCCCAAGGCGUCCAGCAAGAACGCCGACCCGUUUUUGAUCUCGGGCAGCCGCGUGCUGGAGGGCGUCGGGCGCUGCGUGAUUGUGGGGGUGGGCGAAAAGUCAUUCUACGGCCGCACGCUGAUGUCGCUGCGCAAGGAGAACGAGCCCACGCCGUUGCAGGCCAAGCUCAACGAUCUGGCCGAGCUCAUUGCCAAGCUGGGCGGCGCCGCCGGUCUGCUGAUGUUCAUCGUGCUUAUCAUCAAGUACUUUGUGCAGUUCGGUCGCCAUGAGGUGUCGCAUGAGGCCACCAAGGUCGUCGACAACGUUGUGCGCAUCGUCAUUACUGCCGUCACCAUCAUCGUGGUGGCGGUGCCCGAGGGCCUGCCGCUGGCCGUGACGCUAUCGCUGGCUGUGGCGACCACCCGCAUGCUCAAGGACAACUGCCUGGUGCGCGUGCUUGCCUCCUGCGAGACCAUGGGCAAUGCCACCACCAUCUGCUCCGACAAAACCGGCACAUUGACGCAAAACCGCAUGACUGUCGUCUCGGGCUGCAUCGGCGACCAGUACCAGUUCAGCUCGUACCCGCCGGGCACCUCGGCCAUGCAGCGCCGUCGCGCCAGACAGCCGCCCUCGGACGGGCUGGUCACCGACAUGACUGGCCGUGCGGUUGCUCCCGACAAGGCCGUGCUUCCCACACUGCUUGAAACCGAGACCCGCCGCCAGCGCCGCCUGCGCGACCGUCGCCAGCGCCACCAGCGCCGCCGUCUGGGCCGCAUGGGCUCGUCGGGGUUCUCGUCAUCAAGCGCCAUGACGCCAUUGUCGGAUGCCUCGCCCAGUGUCUCGGGCAUCUCGGACCUCAGCGACUUCAGUGACGACGAGGACCUGAUCAUCCCCACUGCCGAGCUGGCCGAGGAGGCUCCGCAUGCGAUCAUGAGCCUCUGCCACGACGCAAUCGCCGUCUGCUCGACUGCCUUCAUUCCAGCCGACGACUCCUCGUCCGCCCCAGCCUCCCAUGUUGCUGCCAGCAACGCCAAGUCCCCCCUGUGGCGGCGCAUCCUUGGCCGCACUGGCAAAAAGGGAGCGCUGGCUAGCAACGAGGAGAGCAGCGAGGCCAAUGCGCAGGUUUCUAGCGCCGACAAGUUCACCGGGUCAAAGACCGAGACCGCCAUGCUGUCGUGGUCCAGAGAUUCUGGGUGCCCCCAGCUACACGCAGCUGCGGGAAGGACGAUGUUGAGCGCAGCGUGCAGGUGUGGCCGUUCAGCUCCGAGCGCAAGUCCAUGAGCACGCUUGUCAAGAUCCGCCGUCCGCGAGGACGGCAAGUCCAUCUGGCGCCUGUACGUCAAGGGUGCUCCCGAGAUGGUGCUGGAGAACUGCCGCUG